GUCACCCGGCGCUCCGCACUGGAGAACUUGAUCUUGACCAGCACGUUUGGAUUCAUAGAGAGAGGGAGGACAACAUAACUUACACUUAAAGUUACAUGCUGAGCAGUGACUAAGGAGGUUUCAUCUACUUUAUUAUCCACUGCCACACUUGGAUAUUUAAACCUCAUAUCAACCUUUUUGGGACGUUUUUUCCUUUUUUGCCUCGUUACUGUGUCUUCCUCCCCACCCCCGUUGGGGAUAAACCCUCGCCCGGUCCGUGUGGCCGUCUCCUCCUUCCCAGAGAGGGUGUAGAGUAAACGUUGGCCCGGAGAUGCAGUCCCUUCUCCCGCUCGCUGUGUAUUGCAUCAGCCUGGUUUCCCUCCAGCAGCCGCUGGCUGCGGCGGAUAAAGAGGAUCCCGACAGCAACAGGCUGGACCUCCUCAACAAGCUCAUUGACCAGAGAGAGGAUAAAGCCUCCGUGUCAGGAAGCCAGACUCACAUCGCCUCCCCCUCCUUAGCCCCCGGUCGAUCCCCAAAAUUGCUGCCCGGUUUCCUGAGACACCAACCAGCUUCAGGAGUGAGAGCAGCUUUGCCAAGCCUGGCGUGGGCACGACCCGUUGGGAUGUCACAGAUCAAGCUGAGGGCACCGAGAGCUCGUCGCCAUGCCCACUCUGGAUCGCGUAGUGGUCACCACUAUCCCCAACAUGCGCAGCUGAUGAGAGUGGGUUGCGUCCUUGGAACCUGCCAAGUGCAGAACCUCAGCCACCGGCUCUAUCAGCUCAUUGGCCAGAGCGGCAGAGAAGAAUCGUCCCCCAUCAACCCCAGGAGCCCCCAUAGUUAUGGAUGAGUUAGUUGAUACCCCCAAACACCCACAGCGAGUCUAUCUAUAUCUCCAUUUAUUUAUCUCUUAAUGUAUUACUGUUAUUCUUUGCAUUAGAGUUUGAUGUAGUCCAUAACUUGUGUUCAUCUAUCUCAAAAUGACAAUUAUACUUCCCAUGUCUCUACUUUUUCUGCUGAUUGAUGGAUUUGAAGAUUCAAAUCCAAAAUGAUGACAGACUGAAUAAUUUUGAAACCCCCAAUUUGAGUUGACUUUUGCCUUUUUUAAGGACGUUCAAAUCUCGUCAAAGUAUUUUUGGUUCCCUCUGUUGAAAGCUCAAAACAAGGCCUCACUUUGACAUCUUAAUCCUGUUCAUAUUAGAGUGAAGGCUUGUCCUCAACACCGUCCAGAGGCCUGGUUCUGUCUGCCAACUGACCUCUCCGGCGGUGGUUAUUCCGCAGCUCUAUGAUGAAACACUUAAGCCCCUAAUGUGGAUUUCAACCUGCACUCAGAACCGGGGCCCUUUGAAAACCAAUGUAUUCCCAGAAACCCCGCAACUAACCCAACGAAACCUUUUACCUUUUACCGUUCUUUUUUUGUGCCCUCUCCUUUUGUCAACAUUGGAACUCCCAGGUCAUUUCACAACUGCACUUAGGCUUACAAUAUGAACACUGACAACCCUAGAAUAUUCCACGAGUGUUGAGUUGAAUGGGGAAUUCAUCACUCAGAAGGGGUUUUGUGUUUCAGCACCACAGUUUACAGUCGAAACCAGCCAAAGCACUCGGGUUACACCCGAGUUAAAGAGCAUUCUGAGUCAGGACUUGACCACAUAAACUCCAAAAUGAAAAUGAGAAAGAAGAGGGCGAGCAUCCAGUGCCUUGGACAGAAUCUACACAGAAACUCAUGUCCCAAAGGAUCAGUUUCAGAGUAGCCGGUUGGCCAGCACAGCAGGUGGCAAAGUGAGCCUUGGAGCCACCACUGCUGGCAUUUUCCCCCGCCAGAGGCCAAGUCUGAAAUAUUAGCCUUUUCACGUGAUUCAUAAGUUCCCCUUGCAAGUUAAGACUUUGGGUUGACAGCUGUUUAAUAAAACGGACCUAAUCACCUCAGGCAUAUGUAGUGCCACAGCAGUAAGGGGGGCUCAGUUUCCCAUGGUCUGAAAACUCGAGGCAUGUGGCUUCCACACAUGUAGCCUUGAAGUUUGCAGAUAUUAAGGAGUCGCUUCACCGUUAAAAAAAAGUCAUGGGAAAUUCCCAUGACUUUGGGAGAUCUUUUUUUUGCUGCUGAGCCCUUUUAAUUGCUAUUUUCUAGUGCUGUAACAAAUUCACCUCCAUUUGUAUUGGGGAGGAGAUAAAAGUAAGUGUUGCAGGUGAGUGGAGAAAUACAGGUUAAUUGUUCCUUCAUUUCCUACAGGCAAUACUUGACACCCUUGUUUUUUACAUGUAGAAUGGUUAACGGGUUAAAACUUACCCCCUGAGAUGACUUUUACAUUGCUGUGAUCUUAUGGGACACCACAGUGAUCAAAAUGUUAGGUGUGCCCAAUUUUAAUGUCCAUAAAAUGAUGGCAGAGCGUCAAUAAAUACAUGCCCUGAUAUUUCCUCCUUUCUAUCCUCUGAAAUAGUGGGCGGGCGAUGGACUGCGAAUAACUGAGGUCAAGCUCUACUCAUUGGGCCUGCUUAAUUUUGACAGGCCUUAAAGAAAUGCAACCAUACGUAUAAAAAAAAAAAAAUUAUAUUACAUAAUGUACUUUUAUUCCAAGACUGCGGAGAGUGUUUCGUAGUCAUUUAGAUGAUCAUAUCUGCUCAUAUUAUCAUAUAAUUCCACAAACAUGAACGUUGGCUAUUCCUUAAGAGCAUUAGUUUAAACUCAUAAAAUACCUGGCAAUACUUGACAAACUGAGCGACUUUACAUGUGACCUACAUCAUAUAAUAAUGUGUCCUUUUUAUAUCUUAAUCUGUGUCUUCUGAAUUUACUUGGGUGUCUUUCUUUGUACAUUUUGUCAUCUCUCUUCUCUUCUCUGUGUGUAAUCGUUGAGGUCACAGGGUAAUAAUCAGUGGUCCUUUGGUCUUAGAUCUAAUCUGUUCAAAGGCUUGCUGAGGUCAAACAUGCCAUUCUCUCUGCUGUAACCGAGCUAAUCAAUGUCUCGUGACGGAUCAUUAAAAGGCUUUUCAAAUACUGAAAUCCUGGUGGAUCUCUCUGCUUUUUAAUAGCGUUCUACUUCACACACACACACACGCACACGUGAUGUGUGGGUGUGUGUGUGUGUGUUGAGCUGCUGCACGUAGCCCAUCAGGAUACUUAUCUUCUGUGUUUGAUUUGUGCUCUGGACCGUUUCCAGUCUUUUUGUGACGUCAGGAGUUGCGUCACAUCCACUUGUGGUGAGCAAACUGUGCACUACCGCAAACUGUGCACUACCGCGAAUACCUCUCCAUAGAAACACAUUUUUUUGUUUUUUUUCAUGGCUCUCUGUUGCAAAGAGGAAUAAGUGCAGAAUGUCUGAGUUGUGUAAUAUAGCGUUGAUCCAGGUGGAUCUCCGUAGCUGAUUUUUCUUCUUUAGGGUCACAGGAAAGCACUUUAAUGCAAACGCAUGUGUCACUCGUUUCCCUGAAACUCCCUCAUUGUGAUGAACUUGUGAAAGUUGGACACGGUUCCUCUUGUAAAUGUUGCAUUUGAGAUUGUCUGAGAAUGUGUUUCGAAGACGUCAGUGCACUCCGUGUGGCGUCAGGAUGACUGUGAACGCUGUGAGCGCCUGUAAAAACUCACAUAUAUAUUCAGCCAAUUUAUUUUUAAAAAGGUUAUGUAUUUAAGUUAUCUUUGUAUGUUAAUAUAUGUAUGUCACCAAAGACUAUUUAUCUCACCUUUUCCACUGCUCCUUAAAAGUGACUGUAUAGUAGGAAAAAAAUUCUUAACUGUAGUUGAAAUGUUACUGCUUGUCAAUGUCCUUCACUCUGUAAAAUAAAGAACUCUACUGUAUUGUG